AUGGAAAACACGAUCAAUCAAAUAACUAGCUUACCAUACGAGAUUCUAGUGAUGAUCUUACGAGAAUUUGUUAAUCAAAUAAAUGCAAGAAAUGAUUCAAGCCGUAGAUGGAGUGAUACAGAAAAGCUUCAAAAGAAACCAUCAAUGAGAGAUUUAAUAAAUUUAAGAUUGGUUAGACUUUCGAAUCGGUUCAUCAAAGUUUCUCAACCGAUUCUCAAAUCAUUAAAAUCAUUAAAACUUUCAGUACACAGAAGACCGGAUUUCGAAUACUCCAAUUUAACUUCCAUCACCCGCUUUUUACACAACUUACCACAACUUGAAUCUUUAACUUUAUUUUCAGUUUUAUUUGAUUCAUCUGUCAUCAUCGGAUUCGGUUCACAAGAAUCAAAACCAAUAGGUUUAACAAAUUUACAACACUUUAGUUUCGUUUUAUUCGAAACUAAUUAUGAAUUGAUUUCACAAUUUACAAAGAGUUCAAAGAAUACAUUAAAGACUAUUCGAUUAUUAUCAUGUUCAAGUUCAGAUGAAGCAAUAGAAAAAGUUUUAAGUCCAAUUAAAGAUACAUUAGAAGGAAUCUUUACGAGCUCUUUUACUGAUGAAAUCAUUGGAAAUGUCAUUCAAUGGAGUUUUCCAAACUUACGCGUUAUAGGAACUCAUCAUCAUCCUAGAUGGAUUUGUGAAAAGCUUCAUUGGUUACAAGUUGAGAUGUUAAGAUACGUACGAACGAUUGUGAUUGAUUUAGAUGGUGGUGAAGAGUAUUGGUCUGAAAGUUUUAGUGUGAUGGAACCUGAUGUAUUGAAGAAUGUACCGAACCUUAAACUGAUUGUGUUUUGUGAUCGGUAUGAAGAAUCUGAGGUUCAAUUCAUUGAUCCUGAUUUGGUUGAAAGUUUUAGGGAACAUGGGAUUCAAUGUCAUCUCAUUGAUAAAUUGGUUCCAGAUGAAAUCAUGGAAUUGGAUUAUAAACUUAAUGGACCAAUGCUAAAAUGA